CUCGUAGCGAGUUUUCUGAACUUCGUCAUAACUCAAUAUGGCUAAAAAAUCGUUAGUUUCUUCUGUAUUCCUUCUACUGGUUUUGGCUCUUAAUAUCUCAGAAAUCGCGACUGAGUCUAAGCCACCACCAAAAAUAUGUGAGAAGGGUAGCAAGAUGUACUCCGGAAACUGCUACAGCAAGCUGUGCGACGAAAAGUGCAAAGACUGGGAGAAGGCAAUCCAUGGAGCUUGUCAUAAGCGAGAGAACAAAAAUACAUGCUUCUGUUACUAUGACUGUGACAAGAAGUCACCUCCUGCAAAAGAUGGGAAACCACCUCCUGCUGCUGGCGGAUCACCGCCUCCUGCUUCUGGUGGUGGAUCACCACCUCCUCCAGCAGACGGCGGAUCCCCACCUCCUGCUAGUGGCGGAUCACCACCUCCCCCCACAGCCAAAUAGACGUAUCGCGCGGCAUAUAGCUUAGUAGCUCGCCUGCAGGGUUAAGGUCUAAAUGGCGAAAGUUCCACAUCCUAGAGUGGUAAGCCAUCUAUAAAUAUAAUAUAAAUUAAAGAUACAAUCUUCCUACUUUACGAAGCCAUCGAUUUGAAGAACUACAAAGUGUGCAGUUUGUAUCACCAAUAGCUUAUGAUAUGAUGCCCUUUCAAAGGUGAUGUAAUAAUAUCAUAAACUGAUCACUUUUAUGAUUGAAUCUUUGCGAUUAAAUAAAUGAGAACAGUUGGAAUUUACAUGGAUAAUCACUUAUGAGAUCUUUUGUAUUAUUUUGAUGGAACUUUUUUACUUAGUCGGUAUAUGCUUUCACUACUAGAAAAGCGUACAUUUUUCAACAAUAUUACGGACGGAAAAAUACAGUCACAAAAUACCGACACAAUACCGACUGAAAUGCAACGCAAUACAAAACCUUAAUUUAGGUCAAGUUUAUGACGGAAAUGCCGUCGGUGAUUAUCGAAGGAGAACAAUAAUUUUUCUUAGGAAUACGUCGGAAAUCAGUAAAAAUAUAUGGCCAAGGUUUGAACUCAGAACAAUACAUUGAGAUUCGAAAAAAAAAAAGUACGGAAAUUGGUUUUAAUAGAAAAAAUGACAUAUGUGCAUUUCUAUGUAUCUAUGUAUGCGCAUGUAUUUGUAUGUGUAACUGUAUGUAUGUAUAUGAAUUUAUAUGUAUAUAAAUACAUGGGUGUAUGCAUGUAUAUAUGUAUAUGUAUAUUUAUGUGUAUGUAUAGGUGCAGGGGCG